AUGUCGGCCGACAAGUUUGGCAACGAUAUCCCCGACUCCGAGUCGGAGUCUGGCGACUCGGUUGACGAGCAGCAGCUCGACGACGGCGCCGACGACCUCGACCAGAAGCCGCUCAAGUCGUCCAUGAAGAAGACGCCCCUGGUCGCCGCCCCGCCCGUAGAACGCCCCGAGCUGCCCCCGCAGACCGAUCCCAAGGACCUCGACGUCAAGACGUUAACGCCGCUCACCCCCGAGAUCAUCGCGCGGCAGGCCACCAUCAACAUCGGCACCAUUGGCCACGUCGCCCACGGCAAGAGUACCGUCGUCAAGGCCAUCUCGGGCGUCCAGACGGUCCGUUUCAAGAACGAGCUGAUCCGAAACAUCACCAUCAAGCUUGGUUAUGCCAACGCCAAGAUCUACAAGUGUGACAAUGCCGAGUGCCCGCGCCCGACCUGCUUCCGAAGCUACAAGAGCGAGAAGGAGGUCGACCCCCCGUGUGAGCGCGACGGAUGCAGCGGCACGUACAGACUUCUGCGCCAUGUCUCGUUCGUCGACUGCCCCGGUCACGACAUUCUCAUGAGCACCAUGUUGUCAGGUGCCGCCGUCAUGGACGCCGCCCUGCUCCUGAUUGCCGGUAACGAAACCGUGCCCCAGCCCCAGACCUCGGAGCAUCUGGCUGCCAUUGAGAUCAUGAAGUUGGAUAAGAUCAUUAUUCUGCAGAACAAGGUCGACCUGAUGCGCGAGGAGGCUGCCCAGCAGCACUACCAGUCCAUCCUCAAGUUCGUCCGUGGCACGCCUGCCGCCAAGUCGCCCAUCAUCCCCAUCUCCGCCCAGCUCAAGUUCAACAUUGACGCUAUCAACGAGGCCAUCGUCAACACCAUCCCUGUGCCCCCCAGAGAUUUCACCCAGGACCCCCACAUGAUGGUCAUUCGAUCUUUCGAUGUUAACAAGCCCGGUGCCGAGAUCGAGGAGCUCAAGGGUGGUGUUGCCGGUGGCAGUAUCCUCCACGGUGUCUUGAAGCUCGGUGACGAGAUCGAGAUCAGACCAGGUAUUGUCACUCGCGACGAUAAGGGCAAUCUGCAGUGCAAGCCCAUCUCGAGCAGAAUCGUCUCGCUCAACUCCGAGUUCAACGAGCUCAAGUACGCCGUCCCCGGUGGUCUGAUCGGUGUCGGUACCCGCAUCGACCCUACCCUCUGCCGAGCCGAUCGUCUGGUCGGUUUCGUCUUGGGUCUCAAGGGCCGCCUGCCUGCCAUCUACAGCGAGAUCGAGGUCAACUUCUACCUCCUCAAGAGACUUCUGGGUGUCCGGACCGCGGAUGGCAAGCAGGCCAAGGUCGCGAAGCUGGCCAAGAACGAAGUUCUCAUGGUUAACAUUGGAUCGACAUCUACCGGUGCUAAGGUCGUUGCCAUUAAGCAAGAUGCCGCGAAGCUGUCUCUCACAUCCCCUGCCUGCACGAAUCUGGGCGAGAAGAUCGCUCUGUCCCGCCGUAUCGAGAAGCAUUGGCGUCUGAUUGGUUGGGCCACCAUCAACGCCGGUGUGACUCUGGAGCCAACGGCAGUAUAA